AUGCAGAGAUCUCUGGAUCCCCUGGCCGACUUUUAUGAGAGAACCCAACGUUCAGGGGAGACAGCCUGUUCUUUUGCCAUUGCUUUAGAGCUCAGAGAAGUGGAAGACACCCAAAACAGGGGCCGACCAUUCCCAGAUCGUGAUGCAAAACUGGUGCGACAGUUCAUGAGGGGGUUGAUUGAAGAGGAUGUUUUUUUGAGGAUUGCUCCCAUGAAGCCGAGAAUGCUAUGCUUUCGGGAGCUACAGAACGAGCUCAGGAAUAUAGCCAGAGAAGCCAAGAAGUUCAACCAGCCGAGGCAGAAGAAGACUUUCAGCCAGGUCCAGACUGUCACAAAUAGGCAAGAUUUUGAGGGACACCUGCAACGCCUGCAGUUGGUGUUUGACAGACUGCGUAAACAUGGCCUUAAACUGAAACCCUCAAAAUGCCACUUGAUGAAAAAGGAGGUCCAAUACUUGGGGCAUCGGGUGUGUGCAGAAGGUAUCCGCACUGACCCUGAAAAGAUAAGCAAGGUGAAGGACUGGCCACAGCCAACAAACCGUAAGGAGGUCCUUCGUUUCCUGGGGUUUGCGGGGUACUACAGGAGGUUUGUGGAGAGCUAUGCAAAGAUUGCUGCACCCCUCUACCGCCUCACUUCUGGUGACCCCAGAAAGAAAAAAAGGGGGCCCUGUCGUGCCCACAGAGGGUGGCAGAAGAGUCUGAGCCUCUUGUGCCCAGUCAAGAGUCAGAGCCCUACGCUGAUACUGGACCUCAAAGACUGCCUAAAGCAUGCUUACGCUCAAGCCAACAUAAGCUCCAGACAAGCCAAGCUGCAGCAAAAGAAGCAUUAUGACAGCAGGGUCAAGAAAAGUCUUACAUUUGCUCCAGGAGACAGAGUAUUAGUCAAAGUCUGCGCCGUUGAAGGUCGGCAGAAGUUGGGGGACCGGUGGGAGUCCAAGCCUUACCUGGUCCUAAAGAAACAGCCUGGAGUCCCGGUUUAUGUCAUUCAGUCAGAAGAUGGUGAAAAGCAAAGAGUGGUCCACGGAAACCUUCUUACCCAGUGCAUGUUUUUUCCCUUGGAGUCUGAACUAUCGGCAGAUGAGGUGGAGGAUGGAACUGAGGGUGUCAAUGAUUCAAGGAUUGGCUCUGAUGAGGAUUGCGGGGAGGAGGAUCCAUUGGAGGAUAUGGAGGAAGAAGAUAAUGCACCAGUGGAGAUUCAAAAUACUGAAAUGGCCUCAAAUUUCUUCCCAUCUCCCCCUGCUCCUCGGCCGAUCACCUCCGUCCUGACAAACAUCCCGCUCCUCGUUUGUCCCCACAACCAAGCAAUAAAGAUGUUGCGAAGUGCGGCGGUGUUCUUUCUGCUCUCCGUAGCCCUUACCAGCGCAGAGGAGCUGCAGACUAAGAGCAAAGUGUGUGCUAAUGUGUUCUGCGGAGCAGGAAGGGAGUGCGCCGUGAACGAGAAGGGAGAGCCGAGCUGCCUGUGCAUCGAGAGCUGCAAGCCCCACAAGAGGUCUGUCUGUGGCAGUAAUGGGAAGACCUACAGGAACCACUGCGAGCUCCACAGAGACGCCUGCCUCACUGGUCUGAAGAUCCAAGUUGCAUAUGAUGGACAUUGUCAGGAGAAGAAGACUGACAAGGCAGCUGCGAGCCCAGUGGUGUGCUUUGCUGCUGACCGUAAUGAACUGAGAGGUCGGAUCAUCCAGUGGCUGCAGACAGAGGUGGUUCCAGAUGGAUGGUUUGUCAAAGGCUCCAACUUCUCUGAUAUCCUGCUCAAAUACUUCAAGUCCUACGACAAUGGAGAUGCUCAGAUGGAUUCUUCUGAGCUCCUUAAAUUCAUCCAGCACAAUGAGUCUGUGGUGGAGAUGCAGUCGUACGCUGACCAGGAAAGCAACAAGCUGCUGAGGAGCCUGUGUGUGGACGCCAUCAUUGAGCUGUCGGAUGAUAAUGCUGACUGGAAGCUCAGCUUUGAUGAGUUCCUCAACUGUCUGAAGCCUGGAUUCAAUCCACCUGAGAAAAAGUGUGCUUUGGAGGACGAGACUUAUGAGGACGGGGCAGAAACUCAGGUGGAGUGCAACCGCUGUGUUUGUGCGUGUGGGAACUGGGUCUGCACUGCCAUGACAUGCACUGACAAGACUGUAGCAAUGGCUGAUACAUCAGAUACCGGGGCUGAAAUGACUGAGGAAGAAUGGAACCUCCGUGUGGCUGAGCUGAACAAACACCAAGAAACAAUGGAAAAGAUGAAAUCCAGCACAAAGGAGGCUUAA